CUUCAUUUUCGUAUUUAUCUGAUCAAACCGUUGGUGUGAAUUCCAGGAUUACUCUCAGUGGGUUAAUAAUAACAUUUAUGAUGCACACUACUGCUCGACAACAGCGUUGGUCGCAUUGUGAAAGACAUACAAAGAUUUUUGCUGCUCAAUUAGUAGAGCAGCAUCUGAAUUCUAAAAUACGUAAAACAUUUGCUGGUAAAGUUUUUGGAGGGUUGGAAUGCCUGAGACGGAUAAUUCGCGGUGGAAUGGAAGCAACUGCUAUAUAUGAUGAUGACAACACAUUGUUAGCUCAAAAAUAUUGGAUCACUAAAC